AUGGCUCCCAUUACGGACGAGGUCGUCAACGGCCUGAAGGACACUAUCGGAAAGCUGGAGGCUCGUGUUGAGGAGUUGGAAGGCCGCCUCAGCAACCAGGUCAAGCCUAAGUCGGUUGCUGAGCAGAUGCGCAUCAUCCUGAUGGGCCCUCCUGGUGCCGGCAAGGGUACCCAGGCUCCCCGGCUGAAGGAGAAGUACUGUGUCUGCCACUUGGCCACCGGUGACAUGCUGCGCUCCCAGGUCGCCAAGAAGACCGCGUUGGGUAAGGAGGCUAAGAAGAUCAUGGACCAGGGUGGUCUGGUCAGCGAUGAGAUCAUGGUCAACAUGAUCCAGAGCGAGCUUGACAACAACGCCGAGUGCAAGAACGGAUUCAUCCUGGAUGGUUUCCCCCGUACCGUUGCCCAGGCUGAGCGUCUGGACGACAUGCUUAACGCUCGCCAGCAGAAGCUCCAGCACGCCGUUGAGCUUCAGAUUGACGAUGCCCUUCUGGUGGCCCGUAUCACCGGACGUCUCGUCCACCCGGCUUCCGGCCGCUCCUACCACAAGAUCUUCAACCCCCCCAAGGAGGAGAUGAAGGACGACGUUACUGGCGAGCCCCUGAUCCAGCGCUCCGACGAUAACGCCGAUACCCUCAAGAAGCGCCUCGGCACCUACCACGCCCAGACCGCCCCCGUUGUCGAGUACUACAAGAAGACCGGUAUCUGGCGCGGCAUUGACGCCAGCCAGGAGCCUGGCCAGGUCUGGAAGAGCUUGCUCGGCGUUUUCCGCCAGAACUAG